AGAAAGAGAACGAUAAUAGAGUGAGGCGCGCGCGCGCGCGCGCGAGAGAGAGCGAUUACCGGAGCGCAAUUUCAACACGUAGGCUCGGAUAAGCCGGAGGAUUAAAACCGGAUGAAAGAGCGGGCCACCUGAAUCGAGUGCUUCACAGACAUCCGAGCGCGCGUGGAGUCGACAUCGAGCUUUCUCUUCUCUCUAUCUCUCUCUCUCUCUCUCUCUCUCCUCUUCUUCGCCAGCCCGAAGAUGCUGCUGCUCGCGAAGAGGAGAUCGUUACUGCUGCUGCUGCUGCUGCUGGUGACCGGUAUCGUUUACGCGUCGAUCGGUUCGGCCGGUGCCAUCCACGCGCAGCACUGCAAGAAGACUCUGAGGAACAAGAUGUUCGAGCUCUGCAGCGGAGGCUUCAGGAGCAAGAGGAGCCCCGCGCAGAUCGACGCCCUGGAUCCAGCUGCCGAUUUCGCAAGCGUGAUCGAGGAAAGCCACGCGAGAAAGCGCCAGAUAAUGUCGAUAAGGGAGAUCAUCGUGUCGUCGAGGGUACCGAUCCCGGACAUGGAGUACCGAGCAGUGCCGCCGAGUCUCUGGGCUAGACAGGGGGAUUCGUCUCCGCCUGCGCUCGACGAGUCCGCCCCUCAGCCGCGGCGACGUUUGGAGCCACUGCCCCAGGAAUCGGGAAGCCACGUGGGCUUCGACAUCAGCUACGAUGAGAUGCUGGAGCUGUACAACGAGAUCUACGGGAGAUCGGGAAGAGCGACGUCGGACGCUUGGAUGGCAGCCGCCUACGAGUGCUGCAAGAACGAGGAGCUCUGCUUAAUCAAGAAGAGCAUCGAUCUGCCUUGUCCCUGGUAGCUGUGCAGAUUCUAUAGCCAGAUUUCAUUCGAUCGUUUUUCUUGUUCAAAAACUGUGAUAAACCAUUAAAUUUAUUUUUUUGCAAAAACCUGACUAGAAACUAGAACUCAUCACCAUCGGACUCGUCUCUACUAUACACUCAUUCCCAUUCUUAGUCGAUAAAGCACUCGUUACCAAACCGUAUCCUGCGGAUCUCCGUCUCGGACCAUCGGAAUUGGCAUAUAUCUAUAUAACGACACUCGUUACUUAAUGUUGUCGCGAGAAAUCAAAAUCGUCAACGCGACGACGCAACGAUCGUAUAUAGCCGGUCAAUUAUCGCGGGUAGACAGAAAUCGGCAGUGUACAAACAUAUUUAUUGCGAUUGGAAUAAUACGCUACAUACUUAUUAUGAGCGCGCACGUGUCACAAUAAGUGUAUCAUCAGCGUGUUGGUUAUAUUUGUACAUUUGUGCGUCGAAGAUUAUCAUCGAACGGAAAAACAUUGUUGUAAAUACAGGCAGUAUAUAAUUAUAUAAGAAGGAAUAAAACAAAAAAUAAAAGCCCAA